GGUGCCGAGUUUAAACCCCUUACUAUUAGGGUUCGACUAAUCUCAAGGAAAACCUUCCCGGCAUUUUGAUCUGUUUGCUCAGUAACCAUGGAGCAGAUUGCAGAGGAACUCAAAUUCAAAUAACAAGAAAGCUUUAAUUUAUUGUUAUUAGUUGUUUAGUCUUCUAUAAUUGAGCGUUUGGGCAUCGAUGCUUCAGUAUUUCAAGUAGAAGCACCGAAGGAGGAAGCCCACAGGAUCAAAUAGUGAUAUUGGAGAUAUGUCAACCAAUCCAGAGGCUACUUCCAUCGUGGGAAAUCCAUGGUCAGUAAUGAGCUGUGAAGCCUUUGUGGUGCCUGGGCAUGACACAGGAGGAAAAAGAUGGUGGUGGUAUCUUGGCCUUACUGAUACAAUUGCCACCCAUGUUAACACUGGUGGGUGUGCCUCUUCAUCUGAACAGAUUACUGAAGCAUGUGGGUUCUCAAAAUUUUUGGUUUGCCUGUUGAAAAAAAAAAGAAAUCGUGUGGUUCGAUGGUCAAUGCCUUGUUUCACUCUAAGAGUGCAGAGGCUUGAGGCCAUCUCUAGUAAAUAUAUGCUUCCAGGUAUUGAUUUCUGGGUCAUAUUAUGUACUCUAAUUGCAUAGGUUUCCAUUUUAAUCUCUUUUAAGGAUUAUUCAGGUGAGCCACUAGAGAAUAUUGUUAUUUGUGAGUGAAAUUUUUUUCAUAUAAUAUAUGAACUGUCCCGGCAUGGUUAGCUAAUAAGAUGGAAUCAGUUGUUGAAUUGU